AUGAAGUGGACAUUCCUGUUUUCACUUCUGUCUGCGACAGCCCAGGCAGCUGAACAUGUCGUCAACCAGACGACUUGCGCCGGAACGACAUACAAAUAUACCGGUCUUGCGGGCUAUGGAUACAUUCCUUCGAAUGCUACAGACAAAUAUGGUGAUACGAUCGGAGGAAUUGGCAGUUCAAUUGCUAUUGACCAAUCAUCCUGGCACAAGACUGGACUGGACAAGUACUCAGGAAUAGUCUAUACACUCCCAGAUCGAGGCUGGAACACAAACGGCACGCUAAAUUUCCAAUCACGCAUCCACAAAUUCACCAUAACCCUAAAACUAGCAGCAAACGCAAGCGCCAACAACCCAUCGCCCCCAAACAUAAAUCUAAAAUACCUCGACACAAUCCUCCUAACAGACCCAACCGGUGCAGCAACAACAGGUCUAGAUGCCGACAUAACAGGAGCCGCCAAUUUCCCCGGCUUCCCCCCACUCCCAGUAUCAACCUACAAAGGAAACGGCUACGGCGGAGCCGGACUAGGCGGGAAGCGAGUAUCCCUCGACACAGAAGGUCUAGCACUGGACACACAAGAUGGUGGGUUCUGGAUCUCCGAUGAAUAUGGACCAUAUAUAUACAAGUUCAACGCACAUGGACGCAUGCAACACGCCAUCCAGCCACCGCAGGCAUAUCUCCCGCGCCGGAAUGGAACGAUCAGCUUUAAUGCCGAUUCAGCGCCUCUUUAUGAUCCCAGCUUGGUGCCUGUGCCUGUGGAUACUGAUUCUGGACGGGAUAAUAACCAGGGACUGGAGGGGUUGACGCUUUCGCGUGAUGGAAGGACUUUGUAUGCUCUUAUGCAGAGUGCGCUUGAUCAGGAGGGCGGGCCUGGGAAGACGACAAGGAGGCCAGCUCGGUUGCUUGUUUAUAAUGCUGGGCGACGGGGUGAGCCUCUGCUUGUGGGUGAGCAUGUUGUUAACCUGCCUACUUAUCUUGAUUAUUCGAAGAAGGAUGCUGCCAAAGCUGUUCGUGUUGCUGGGCAGUCUGAGAUUCAUCAGUUGGAUACUGGGGAUUUCUUGAUUUUGGCUAGGGAUUCGGGCUUUGGGAGGGGGCAGGAUGAGAGUCGGUCUGUUUAUCGGCAUGCAGAUGUCUUUUCGGUGAAGGGGAGUACUGGUGUUACUGAUUUGAAGGGGAAGAAGAAUUAUGAUGAUGCUACUGGGGCGAUUGCUUCGUCUGAGGGUGUUUUGUUCGAGGGGAUUGUUCCGGCUGAGUAUUGCUCGUUUGUGGAUUAUAACGUGAAUUCGGAGCUGGGGAAGUUCCGUCUUCAUAAUGGUGGUCCUGUUGAUGAGUUCUUACUUAAUGAGAAGUGGGAGAGUCUGGCGGUUGUGCCGGUGAAUCCUUCGUGUUCAUCUGGGGCUGGGGAGAAGGAGUACUUCUUGUUCAGUUUCAGUGACAACGAUUUCAUCACUCAGGAUGGACACAUGAACUUUGGAAAGUUCGAUUACAAGGACGAGUCAGGCUACCACCUUGACACUCAAGUUCUGGCAUUCAAGUUGAAGUUCUAG